AUGGAUGAUGCCGAUUUAACAAAAAAAGCCAUUGAAGAGCUAAUGCGUGAAAUGGAUGAGUAUAAGGAAUUGGAAAAAAUGCCAACAGAAAGAAAAAAGAAUCCCUUGGGCAAACCAAAUAAACGUUUUCUAGGACGAACUAUUAAUUCCAUGAUGACUCACAAUAAACGACAAAGUGAUCGUAAUCAUCAAAGAUGUCAAAGAAAACUUAAAGAAUUGGAUGCUAAAAAAAGGAGAAGAGAAUUUAGAAAUCAGGCCGAGACCAAUAAGAAACCUAGUGAUGCAGAGAGUUCCAAUAUAAUAAGUAGUGAUAGUGAAAAGUACACAAAGAAAAAAAGUAAAAGUGUAAAGAAGAAAAAGAAAAAAAGGCGCAAGAAAAAGCAAAAGUCUUCCUCGUCCUCUUCCUCAUCGACGUCCUCCUCAAGCAGCAGUAGUAGCAGUAGUGAAACAGAGUCAAGUAGUAGUAGCUCGAAUUCUAAGCAUAAACAUCGCAAAAAGAAAAGAUAUAAAAAGCCUGUCAAAGAGGAAGAAUAUGCAGAAGAUUACUACAAAGAUUAUCCAAAUGAAACGGGUUACUAUGUUAAUCCCAAUAUGGCUUAUGCUGUCAUGGCUUAUAAUCAAAUGAAUCAUUUGCUACAGCAACAGCAAAGAGCACAACAAGAAAUGGUUAAGGAGGAAUUGGAAGAUAGUGUAGAAAUACCAAGUGAUCUUAGUUUAUCGGAACAUUCCGAAACUGGUUUGAAUAUAAGUCUAAAUAGUUCAUCUGCCGAAGAAGAUGAAAAUGGUAUAUUAACCUUCAAAUUGUCCUCAGAUGAAGAGGGAAAACCACAUAACUCCGAUCAGGCGAAAAGAAGAUUUAAAUAAAAAACAUGAUUCUCCUGUGGAGAGCGAGGAUAGCGAUAGAGAGAGCAUACAAUCACACAUAUCUUUAGAAUCAGAAGAUUCUCAUAAAGUUGCUAAUAAGGAAUGCAACUGAAAUAUGCUUAUUAAGUAGUUCGGCAUCGGAUUCUGAAGAUUUGGAAAUAAUAGAAACGAUAACAGAAAAAACGAAUAAAUUAUUGGAGAACGAAAUAAAUCUUAAGAGGACGCAACAGCAAAUGAGAGUGUGAAUAAAGAGAACGAAUCAAAUAUAGAAGAGAAAUCAAUAGAAAAUGGUAAUGUAGAGGAAUUAAAUGAAAAAUUUAAAGCUUUAGAGGAAGAAAAUGGAGAGAAAACCUUAGUUAUACACGGGAAAGGUCAAGGUAUUGAUGAAACCAAUAAAGUUGUACGAGAUAUAGAAGCAAGUGGGAAUGAUAAGCCUGCGCAAAUGGUAACCAACAAUGAAACGCUUCCAAAUAUAUCAAUGGUGGACUUAACUGAUGAAUAGUUAUAAUGAAAAGUAUUUUUUAUUGUACUAGGUGAGGAAACAAACUAUUAGACCAUAUUAUU